AUGUUGAAAGGCUUGAUCUGGGGCAGAUCUUCGUUUGGGAGUUUAAGAAAUUUUAGCAUGUUUGAGAAAAUAUUUGAUGGCGCCGGAGCUGCAUCUGGUCUCAGCAAGCAGACCUCGUUCAAGGUUGACUAUGCACCCACGAGUAUCACCAAGUGGAGGUCUUCGAGAACCGGUCUCCAAGUGACUUACAUUAACCAGGCUUCGCCCAUAGUCAAUGGAUACUUUGCGGUUGCCACUGAGAUUCACAACGAUUCCGGCUGUCCGCAUACUUUAGAGCAUCUUAUCUUCAUGGGGUCCAAAAAGUACCCAUACAAGGGCCUGCUGGAUGUACUGGGUAAUCUGGCCUACUCUUCCACCAAUGCUUGGACAGGAACCGAUCAGACAGUAUAUACCCUGACUACUGCGGGAUGGGAUGGUUUCAAGAUGUUGCUGCCUAUAUAUUUGGAUCACGUUCUUAACCCUACGCUCACAGACGAUGCUUGUUAUACAGAGGUUUACCAUAUCGACGGGGAAGCCAAAGAAAAAGGUGUGGUUUUCAGUGAGAUGCAGGCUAUCGAGACCAGCUCAUCCUUUUUGGCCACCCUUGCAUCUCAAAGAGCUUUAUACAAAAAAUCGGGUUAUAGAUCGGAAACGGGAGGUCUUACUGAGAACCUCAGGACGUUGACCAACGAUGAUAUCCGUCACUACCACAAAAGCAUGUACAGACCUGACAAUUUGUGUAUCAUCUUGACUGGUUCUGUUGAUGAGGAUGAACUUAUUUCAAUAAUGGAGAAAUUUGACAACGAACUGCCCCCAAUAUCGACUAUUCCACAGAAGAGACCCUUCAUCGAGUCACCUGUUGACCUGCCUCCGUCCAGUUCUAUCACAGAGACAGUGGAGUUCCCAGACAAAGAUGAAAGCAGUGGUGAAAUCCUUCUCGCAUGGAUAGGACCUGAUGGAAUGGAUUUGCUUAUGAACCAGGCUGUGGAUGUCCUCGGAGAGUAUCUUACCAACUCGUCAAUUGCUCUUUUGAGAAAAGCUUUUGUUGAGAUUGAAAAUCCACUUGCGGUUAGUGUUGAGUACUACACUGAUGACUUUGUUAGAACAGGACUGAACCUUUAUUUCUCCAGUGUUCCUACUGAGAAGCUUGCCGACUUGAGUCAGAGCGUUCUGUCAUUACUUAAGGAGCACACUGCGCCUGAAAAGUUCGACCUUGUUCGUGUGAGAGAUGUCCUAGAUCAAAUGAAACUGAAGUUCAUAUAUUCUGCGGAGGUUAAUCCUGAUAUCUUCUCGAAUAUUGCGAUAUCGGAGUUCCUGUACGGAAAUGUUGACGGCUCGGAUUUGCCAAAGCUGGCCAAGGAUCUCAAGGAGCUUGACGAACUGUACAAUUGGACUGCUGAGCAGUGGUGUGCUGCUUUGAACGAGUACUUUGUUGAGAAUAAAUGUGCUAUAUUGCUUGGAAAACCGAGCGAGAAGUUGUACAAGACACUCAAAAAGACCAAUAAGGAGCUACUCAAGGAGAGGAAAGAGGUCAACGGAAAGGAAGGUUUGGAAAGGCUCAAGAAGAGACUUGAGCAGGCACAGAAAAUGAACGAUGCUCCAAUCCCAGACGAGAUACUCCUGAAAUUUGGACAACCAGAUCCAGAAAAGAUUCAUUUCAACAUCACCACUUCCGUUGGGGCUGGGUUGAAUAAGGAUGUUCCACAGGAUGGAGCCCACCCUGCCUACAAACACAUUCAAGAAGACAGCCCCAAGAAUCUCCCUCUGUAUUUCGACUUUGAACGCAUUCCUAGUGAGUUUUUGGCCGUGAAUGUCUUAUUGUCCUCCACAGCAGUUCCGACAGAACUGCUUCCCUACCUGGACGUGAUGUCCAGCAUCUUUUCUCUUCCUUUGGUGACUGAAGAUGGUACUGAGAUCCCAUUCGAACAGGUUGUGAAGCAAUUGAAGAAAGAGACAGUAUCAACGAACAUGAGGCUCUCGUACAAGUCUCAUCUCGAUGAAAUGGUGGAUGUUGAGAUCGUGGUGCAAAGAGAAAAGUAUUCAAAUGCGGUCGAUUGGUUCUACAAGUUGUUUUAUCAAACCAAAUUUGACGAAACUCGUAUCCGUGUAUAUUUGGAGAAACUGGUGAAGGGAUUACCCGAUCUGAAGAGAAGUGGAACUGACAUGCUGGACUCCAUUUUCGCUAGAACUGUGUUCACGGAAAGGUCCACCAAGAAGUCAACCGACUUUCUUUUCACGGAAAAUUUCUGGAAGGAAAAGCUUUCCCUGAUUGAGAAUGGCAAAUAUUCAGAGAUUGAGGCUGAGCUUGAGACAGUGAGAAAAGCACUAUUUGAGCCAUCGAAUAUGCGGAUUCUUAUCGUUGGAGAGGUUGAAAAUAUCAAAAAUCCAGUGUCUGAGUGGUCUAAAUUCUUGACACUGAAUACUUCGACAAGCCUCCAGGAAAUUCCUAGAUCCUUCAACUUUUUGUCAGACGCUGGUUUGAAGCUGGAGAAGAAAGCAUACCUUAUUGAGGCACCAGGCUCUGAGUCUACGUACUUGCACUCUGUGCACAGAAUACCAACAGACUAUCUUCACGCUGAUGGACCUGCUAUUUCGCUAGCAGCAGCUUAUUUACAGGCAGUGGAGGGUCCUUUCUGGAGAGGAAUCAGAGGAACUGGUCUGGCAUAUGGAGCUAACGUGUACAAAGAGCCAGAGCAUGGCCAGCUGGUUUUCAGCAUUUACAGAGGAGCUGACGCACAAAAGGCUUUUGAGGUGGCUAAGACAAUUGUGAAUGACUACUCUUCAGGAAAGACUAAAAUCGACAGGAUGUCCAUGAAUGGUGCUAUCAGCUCGAUUGUGAAUGGGAUUGCAAAUAGCGAGUCCAACUACUACACGGCUGCAUAUUACAAGUUCUUUGAUGAUGCACUCGUUAAGAGAGGUCCCGAGUAUAACAAGUUCCUUCUGAAAAAUUUGAGGAAGCUCACUGAAGAGGAUCUGUUGAGAGUGUUUACCAAGUACUUCGUGCCGUUAUUUGAGAGCAAGACCUCCACAGUUUUUGCUUGCGUAAACCCAGCCAAGUCUUCCGCGCUGAGGCAAAAUCUCGAGAAGGUUCAUGGGUACGAAGUUAGUGUUGAACAAUUACCCAAUGCCGAGGAAAAUGGUUCGGGGUCUGAGGAAGAUGAAGACGACGAGUCAGCAUCUGAUACUGAUACUGACGACGACGACGAAACUGACUCAGAUUCAGACUCGAAUUCGGAAUCUGAAUCCGCUGCUAAAAUUUAA